GAGAGACCUUCCUGCCCUACUAUACAGGGCUGGCCAUCGACGGCAUCGUGGUGCAGAAGAGCAUGGACCGCUUCUCCACGGCGGUGCUGGUCAUGUCGCUGCUCGCCAUAGGAAGCUCAUUUGCCGCAGGUAUCCGGGGCGGCGUUUUUACGCUCAUAUUUGCAAGACUGAACAUUCGCCUUCGCAACUGCCUCUUCAGGUCGCUGGUGUCUCAGGAGAUGAGUUUCUUUGAUGAGAAUCGCACAGGGGACGUCAUCUCCCGCCUGACAUCGGACACGACCAUCGUGAGCGACUUGGUCUCCCAGAACAUCAACAUCUUCCUGCGCAAUGUGGUGAAGGCCACGGGGGUGAUCUUCUUCAUGUUCAGCCUCUCCUGGAAGCUCUCGCUCGUCACCUUCAUGGGCUUCCCCAUCAUCAUGCUGGUGUCUGAUAUCUACGGGAAGUACUACAAGAAGCUCUCCAAGGAUGUGCAGAACGCCCUGGCCAAGGCCAACAACACCGCCGAGGAGACCAUCUCCGCCAUGAAGACCGUCCGCAGUUUUGCCAACGAGGAGGUGGAGGCGAACGUGUACUGGCAGAAGCUGCAGCAGGUGUACAAACUCAACAAGCGGGAGGCCAUGGCUUACACCUACUACGUCUGGUCCAGCGGGCUGACCCUCCUGGUGGUCCAGGUCAGCAUCCUUUACUACGGCGGGCACCUCGUGAUCUCGGGGCAAAUGACAAGCGGGAACUUGAUAUCCUUCAUCAUUUACGAGUUCGUCUUAGGAGACUGCAUGGAGUCCGUCGGCUCCGUCUACAGCGGCCUGAUGCAGGGAGUGGGAGCUGCCGAGAAGGUGUUCGAGUUUAUCGACCGCAAGCCAACGAUGGUGAACGACGGGUCCCUGGUCCCAGACCACAUGGAUGGGAAGGUGGAGUUCAGAAACGUGACGUUUUCCUACCGCACUCGUUCUGCAACGCAGGUCCUCCAGAAUGUGUCCUUCACCCUGCACCCCGGCAAAGUGACGGCGCUGGUGGGUCCUUCGGGGAGCGGGAAGAGCUCCUGUGUCAACAUCCUGGAGAACUUCUACCCUCUGCAAGACGGGCAGGUGCUGCUGGACGGGCAUCCCAUUAACAUGUACGAUCACAAGUACCUGCACUCAGUGAUCUCCCUGGUGAGCCAAGAGCCGGUGCUGUUCGCCCGCUCUAUUGCGGAUAAUAUUUCUUACGGCUUAACUUCAGCCUCCUUCGAGUCGGUUGUUCAGGCUGCCCAGAAGGCCAACGCGCACACCUUCAUCACGGAGUUACAAGACGGCUACCACACAGAGGCAGGUGAAAAAGGAGCCCAGCUGUCAGGUGGCCAGAAGCAGAGAGUGGCAAUUGCCAGGGCCUUGAUCCGAACCCCCCCCAUCCUAAUCCUGGAUGAAGCCACGAGCGCGCUGGAUGCGGAGAGCGAACAUGCGAUUCAGCAGGCGAUUUACGGCGACUUGCAGAACCACACGGUGCUUGUCAUAGCUCACAGGCUGAGCACUGUCGAGAAGGCACACAACAUCAUUGUGCUGGACAAGGGCCACGUGGUGCAGCAGGGCUCGCACAAGGAGCUGAUGGAAGAAGGAGGCCUUUAUUCCAAGCUGGUGCAGAGACAGAUCCUGGGGCUGGAGGGGGGCGGCGCGGACAGUCGCCAACCCGCAGCCCGGGGGGAUUCAGCGAAGGCGCCCGGUGGGCUGGAGGAAGAGUUCAGGAUAGACCAUUCCCUGCCGGCCGCGGCACAGGACGAUUACAACACCACGGCUCACAAGUGA